AUGCCUAUCCAGGAGGGUUUCUGGCCCAGCCUGAAGGCCCUUGGCGAGAACAACGGGGUCGUCAGUCUGAAAACUCUCGACCUAGAGUGUAUCAUUUGCACCAAGCCCUUUCAGUACCGAAGUCGAGACGAUGACGAUGUCGGAAUACCCCGCCGUCCUCGUGUCCUCCCAUGCGGCCACAUUCUGUGCUAUAGAUGUCUACUCGCAUAUUAUGAGACAGGUCAAUCUCGCUGCCCAAUAUGUCGCACGGAACUCAUGCACAACUGCGGCCACGCUCACAUUGGCAUGAUCAUGCCCUUAAAGCGGUUGGACAAGCUGCCUCCCCUCCUGUCACAAGGCGGAGGUAUGCCAAACGGAUGCAGCCGCUGUUGCAUCACUGGUCUGGUAGCAAUGUUCAACCGGUUGUUGGACAGAGACCCAGAUAUUCCAGAGGAGCUCAAGGGGGAGUACCUGGGUAUCGGCCUCAAGUUCUCGAGCUAUGAAUUUUGUUCGCGCGCUGUAAUUGGACCUGUUUUGGAGAUUGAACCUCCAACCGCCGUCAAGGAGUUGAUCAAUGGCAUGGUCGACUUCGCGAUCGAAGGAAGGCAAGAGAAUGAGGUUUGGAUCGAAGUGGAAUACAGUGCCAUGAAGAUUCGGGUACUUCACUUCAAGCCUGAGCUUCUAUCACAGGGGCAAGACUCUCCCGCAGAGGAAGGGACUGUCCCCCAAGACGAGACGUGA